AUGUACGACAACUAUAUCACCGGUAUAUGGAUGAAGCCAAAACAGCUGGCCCGCAGUGCCAGCUUCACCAACUUGACCUACGUGAAGGAUGCUGUUCACGAUUACCCCAUCAAAAAAUCCGAUUCUGUUUCGUCUCUUGCGCCGUCGCUUGCCUUACCACAAUAUUGCAGUUGUAUUACUUUUCUCAUACAAGUUCGAGCUUUGAUGCACCAACCGAAUAUUGAGCAUACCAAGGUAGCAAAAUCUUUUGUCUACUCGAAAAAUCUCAUCGAAAGCUCUCGAGAUGGAGAGCGAAGCUACCAAGAUUUUCAAGUGUCAUUGUAG